AUGGCGCGCAUCAGCGACGUGAUGACCUCUGAUCGCGAUACUUCGCCCGAUCCCAUCACGCUGCCCUCGUCGCCGCUCGGCACCCGCUCUGCCCAGUCGCGGAAGACGAACAAGAGCGCCAUGAAGCCAUCCCCGCGCAAGACUCCACGACGCAGCGCGACACCGAGUAAAUCGAUGGUGCUGGACACGCCCAACGGCGACGCGAGUCCCUGGCGUAUCAAGGUCACAGUCGAGGCGGAGCCACGAGAGGGAAGUCCCGGAAAGCGCAUCAGCAAGACCACAACACUCCCGCUGCAGGGCUCGGCGGGGGGAGGGAAGAGGUCGAGGUCGGGCAGUCCGGUCAAGAGAGCGAUGGGCAAGAAGACAGACGUCGGUGAGACCAAGAGGCCCGCCCGCAAGCGCAAGGGAACGCCGAUCCGAGAAAGACGCUCCGCACCACAGAUGAGGCCAUCACCGCAGACACAGACCCAGUCACUACCGCAGAUGUAUCAUCAACCCGAAAGUCAACCAGACCAGGCCAUGGAACCCGCCACAGAGCAAGAGAACUCAAUGCCUCCGCCAUCACACUCGCGUGUACCACGCGCUUCCAGCAGAAUGGCACGCUUCAGCUCAGUGCAUGACUUUGAUCGAUAUAAGCGGUUGAGUGUCGCGCGCGAAGAGCUCGGUGUCGCACUCGAGGACGCGGUCGGCCACUCGAGUCCGCGAUUCCACGUACCUGGCGACAAGACUGUUUCCAUGAACGAGGACUUCAGCAUCAUCUCUGUCGACUCACUACGAAGCGCCAAGGAGGCCAGUUUCUCCCGAUCUCACAACUCGGGCGAAACAUCCGCCGCCACGGUCUCCUAUCUACCAUCCUCUCCACCUAAGCCUCAGUAUCCUGAUCUCGCCAACAAGGCGGUGAGAGCAAGGUCGAGUCUUGCGAACGAGUAUAAUUCCACGAGCUGGCGGCCUACAGGGCCUGCAAACCGGUUUUCGCCUCAGGUCCAAGUCAGGCCGGAAAGUCACAGACAAAGCGUUGAGCAGCAGUGGCAGCGCGAGCGCCAGGCCGUCAGCCGGCAGAUCGACAAAGCCGGCUCUGAACAUGUUGUCGUAGUUGACGGAGAUGGCGAUGUCGAUGGAGGCGAUGUGGACGCAGACGAUAUUGACGAGCAAAUGGAUGACAACCAGGCGCAUGUUGAUGCCGCCGAGGAGGACCUUUGGCAAGGCGAAGCUUCUCGGUCUUUGGAAGAAGGACAGCCUGACGAUGCAUCUCAUCGGUCACGACACCGACAGAGGCAAGAUCAGGACGAAUCACAACGUGAGGAACGAUUUGAAGAUCUGUUUGCUGGGCAGCCAUCGAAGCCACUCAGGUCUAAGAUCCCACGAACUUGGCGAAGAUCUUCCGGGAUGGACUUCUCUUAUGUCGACUCACCUGCUCACCGUCUCGCUGCGGGACAUGGGGAGCAGGCGGAGGAAGCCGAAGAACGCAGGCACUCCACAGACGGCAGCGGAGUACUUACUCCACCAAGCACUGAUGAGGACGAUGUGGAUGCGGAUGUGCAAGAGGCGGAUGCAGCAGACGGAGAAGAUGCCGAGAGUGAGUUUCAGCCUGAUGCUGAAGCCACACGAUACCGAUACGAAGACGAAGACGAAGACAUGGAGGAUGAGCUAGGUGAAGCCGAUGAAGAUGGUGCUGUCACUCCAGAUUCUGAAGCCAGUGAUCCGGAUGAAGACGACACGGGCAACUUCUUUUUGAACAACUUGCCUCAGGUUUACAACGCCGAUCGUCCACGAAGAAGGCCAGAAAGACAGAAGACAAUGGACUUGACCGAACUGCUCGGCUUGGACGGAGCGACCGACAGCCCGACCAAACCUGCAUUCGCUGGCAGCAGUCCUAAAUGCGAAGGUGGCUCUUCGGCGCAGAAGAAGUACGAUCCUGGUAAUGGGCGCCCGAGUUCUGGUCUCAGCAAAGACAGCCCGACGGAUCAAGGCAGAAAGAAGACUCUGGAGAGCCCGCUGAGGAAGAGUCUACUCAGGAGCAGUAAGAUGCGGGAGAGCUCGCGCGCAGCUCCUUCAGGAACAACGAAUCGAAUUGACUUUGCGCCGAACGCUCCACUUCGCAGGACCGAUAACUUCCAAGGCAGGAUGGAAGAAGCUCUAAGUCGUACCCAAUCCGACAGUCAGGAUGGGCUAUUGCGUAGGCCACCCUGGAGAACUACUGUGCACGACGUGGAUAACGCACUUGACCAAUUCGACGCUGGAGAGCGCCAGGAAGUCGUGGAUAACAACGAUGAACAAUCCGAACGCCAUGAGGGAUUUGAAGACGGAGACGACGACAUCGAGGAAUAUGGAGAUCAAGAGCCUACCGAGCCAUCAAAGAGCUACGAGGAGCGCUUGAACGUGGACUCGCCUCAGAAGAUCAGAGUCAACUUCAACGAUUCCUCGUCGCUGCUGCGCCCUCAGCGCGAGCAUCAGGUGGCCCAUUACGACUCAAAGGGCAACUCAUCUCUACUAGCCGCGAAGAAGCAGUACCCACCACUCUUUACCCGGCGAGACGACUCGACUGAGCAAACGAUGUCACAAAAUACUGUCGAGUCAAUAUUGGACUCAUCUGAGGAGAUUACCCUUGUGGCCAAGCAGCCGAUGCAGCAGCAGCGCAAUCAGCCGGGUCUUCUUAGCCGCUUGAGCACGACGUUCUGGUCUGCUGUCAUUCGUCCCACUGGGCCUUCUGAGAUAUUUCCUCAAAGACAGAUAGAAGAAGUUUCCGCAUACCCGAUCAACCUUCUUCGUGAAGUUCGGCACCGCUAUGGUGUUGUAAGUGAGAAGUUUCCCUGGGACAUGUGCCACAUGCGCACCAUGCACCGGAUGCUCAACUCUCUUACCUCGAAACGCAGCGACAGCAUCGUGCCCAGCUCUGGCCCUCUUCCAGCAUACCUUCAAGAUCGCCUGGACACUUGGCAGACUAGCAUCACCGGCUUCGGGUUCUUGUUCACCAAACCUCACGCUUAUGUUGUCUUUACCUACAUGCAAAUUCUUGUGCCUCAAAGCACCAUCGAAGCCAUGCAGCGGGGAGAGAUCGAAUGGCUAGGAGAUCGUACUGCUGCCGCGUGUAGGGAGUACUAUGGCAAGGAUCCUCGCCAUGGUAGCGACCCAGUUUGGAAACAUGGAAGUGCUAGGGAAGAGAUUGUUCAGUAUGUUGAUGGAUUGAGCGGAAAGAUUGGAAUUGAUUUCUUGGCGAGGGUCAUUGGAGAUGCGGUGCUCGCAAAUAAGAAUCUGGAAGAGAGGGAGGGGAUUCCGUUUGAGGAACUGCAAAGGCUGGGGAGGGCUUCGUCUGAACCUGAAGAGAUUGAGGAUGCGUGA